ACAAAAGUAGAGCGCACGUGGAAUUGACCAUUUCAGUAAAAGUUUUAAUUACAUGAAAAUAAAGCAUAUUUAGCAAGUAAAAUUAUUUAGUUAAAAUAUGUCUGUGGAAAGUCAACGUCCUAGAUUGUAUAUGGAUGAACAUAAGCUGAAGCAGGAUCCGCAUGAUUACGGAUUGGCUGACGAGCCUUUUAGUUUGGAAACAUUUAAAAAAAAGUUUCAAAUAGUUGUCGUCAAGUACGAUGGCAAUGAAAUGGAGUUCGACAUGAUUGGUGUACAUCCAGGCAUUGCAAAUGCAUUUCGACGUCUUAUGCUCAGUGAAGUUCCAAGCAUGGCUAUUGAAAAGGUUUACAUCUACAACAACACAUCGAUUAUGCAGGAUGAAGUAUUAGCACAUCGCCUUGGUCUUAUACCAUUGCGUGCUGAUCCCCGUCGCUUCUUGUACAAAACAGAAGAGAGUGGUGAUCAAGGAAACGAACACGAUACAAUUGAAUUCGAAUUGAAAGUUAAAUGUACCAGACGCAAAGAUGUAAAGGAUUCCUCAAAUUUUGACACAAUCUAUAAAAACCACAAAGUUUACUCCGGACAAAUUAAAUGGCUACCAAAGGGCAAGCAAGCGCAAAUUUUCAGUGAAACAGAUGUUGGCUGCAUACAUGAUGACAUACUAAUAAAUCAAUUACGUCCGGGACAUGAGCUGGACUUGCGUCUGUUGGCCGUAAAAGGUAUUGGAAAGGAUCAUGCUAAGUUUUCACCAGUAGCGACUGCAUUCUAUAGAUUAUUGCCUGAAAUAAAAUUAAAUCGGAAGGUAGAAGGCAAAGAGGCUUUUCUCUUACAAAAAUGCUUCUCACCCGGUGUAAUUGGCAUUGAUGAAAAUGACUGUGCCUAUGUAAAAGACGCACGUUAUGACACAUGUAGCCGUAACGUCUAUAGGUAUCCACAAUUGGAAGAUGCUGUAACAAUGUCGCGAGUACGAGAUCAUUAUAUAUUCAAUGUUGAAUCGGUAGGUGCACUUAAGCCCGAUGUUAUUUUUAUCGAAGCAGUAAAAGUUCUUAAAGAAAAGUGCCGAAAGUUCUUAGAGGAAAUCGAAGCCGCGUAAGAGAUACCACUUACUUGGUAUAUCUUUAGAAUAUGUUUAUCUGUUAUAAUAAAAAAAAUCUAUACUUUUGUUCAAAAAAAAAUAAUAAUAAAAAUAAACUUGUA